AUGACUGUAUCGAAACAAACGGUGCUCAUCACAGGGUGCAGCGAGGGUGGCAUAGGCGACGCCCUCGCAUGGGAGUUCCACCAGCGCGGCCUGCGCGUCUUCGCCACGGCGCGCAACCCGGACAAGGUCAAACAUCUGCAAGCAGCUGGCAUCGAAAUCCUGACUCUAGACGUGGUCGACAAGACAUCCAUUCGGAAUGCACUCCAGGAAAUCUCCAAGCUCACGGGCGGAACCCUUAACAUCCUCGUCAACAACUCCGGCGUCGGCUACCAGAUGCCACUCCUAGACGCCGACCUGGACGAGGCUCGCAGGCUGUUUGAGGUCAACGUCUGGGGCACGCUGGCCGUGAGCCAGGCCUGUGCACCACUCCUCGCGGCUGCGGCCGCGGAGGGGAUGCCGGCGCGUAUUCUCAACAUAGGGUCGGUAGUCGCGCGUAUGCAGGUCCCGUGGCAGGGAAUUUACAACGCGAGCAAGUCGGCACUCUGGGGUCUCAACGACACUCUACGCAUCGAGCUGGCGCCCUUCGGCAUCGAGGUCCUUCACGUUGUGACCGGCGGUAUCCAGACGAAGUUCUUCGCUCAUGCGGCUGGUGCCAGGUUGCCCGAAGACAGCAUAUAUGGGCCUGCGCGGGGGAUCAUCGAGGCAGAUGUCGCCGGGAAAGGGGGGGUAGAGAAGCAGACGAUGUCGGCUGAGGAGUACGCGAAGAUUGUCGUGCGGAACACCCUCAGUCGGCGGCCGACCAAGACGCUGUGGCUCGGGGGUAUGGCUCGCCUCAGCUGGAUUGGGGAUCGGUUCGGAUGGGCUACGCUUGUCGAUUGGUUGAUGGCGAACUUUAUGGGCUGGUCGAUGAAGGGGCUCGAGGCGAAGUUGAGGGCGGCGAAAUAA